AUGGCGCUUAAAUUUCAAAAAAGAAAGAUAUCUCCAACUACAAAUCCCAGAAAACCCGCAUUCGAGAAGUGGGAUAACUACAGGUCUGGGUUCUUCAGCCCUAGAAACCAGCAAAGUGAAAAUGAAGCUUUUUCAGAUGAAAGUGUAUCAAGAAUUUCCUGGAGCUCACCAUCUAGCAGUGACAGUGAUCUUCACUCAUCAGAGAAACCACCCAGACUAAAUUACCUUCAGAACCACCGUGUAGUGACCAGACUAAAUUUUGAUGACUGUGUCACCACAAAACAUAAGACACCACGAAAGAAGCGUGCAAAAGUUAGUCGUUUGUUUGUGAAACGUGAGCAAUCUGAGCCUAUUGUUGAUAUUGAGAACCAGAAGAGGGACUCCAUAGCAAUGAGCAGUGAGAUGUUACCGGUUGCUGUUGUAAAAGAUUUGUCAGUUUGUCCGCAUGUGGAUUCAAUGAAGAGUAAUGACAUCAGUUCAGAACCAAAGAAUGAUUGUCAUAUUGAAGAAGAAUCAGUCAGUGUUUUCCAAAAUGAUAGUCAUGAUUUGAGUAUGACCCAUACAUUAGAAAUAUCUAAUGAACAUUUUCAAAGGAACAGAGGGAGAACAGAAAAUGAUAGUAUACAUUCUUCAUCUGGUUGUCCCCGAUCAACUUCAGAAAGGUUAAUAAACGCAGAAAAUGAGUCCCAGUAUGCUCGCGGUCAUACUGCGUCACCUAAUUUAAAAUGUUCAGGUGCAUUACAAAAUGACUGUGGAUCUCCUGUGCUGGAUAUUGUGUCGGGAAGACUGUCAAAAUACUGUGCUAAAGAAACAAUUGUGCACAUGCCUCUUAAAAGGAAAAGUAAAGGUGAGGAACUCGUAACAAAGAAUUACGAGGUAGGCAACAGUUGUCUGUCACUUGACCAUGAAGCAUCAUUUCUGGAUGUAUCAGUGAGUCUAUUAUCAAAAGUACAUUCUCACAGACGAAAGCAAUCUUUGGUAAUACCAGAAGAGGAGCAGCAUGACAGUGUUAUGGAGAAAGAUUUUUAUUCAGCAAAUGAAGAUGUGCGCAAUGUGUGUAAUGUCAAUGUGAAAGGUGCUGUUAGAUUGUCCCAGUCUCCUGUACUUAGCGUGGAAGCUAGAACUAAUUCUCGUAGAAAACGCAUGAGGCGUUGUAGUGAGGAUAAGAGUGCAGAGCAGUUAGUUAAGCUACCAGUGUCACCAGUUCUUAAGACAAAAGCAAUAACUACUUCCCACAGGAAGCGACAAAAGUAUUAUAGCCAAAAAGGGGUAGAGGAAACGGUUGGCCCUUCACAAUCACCAGUACUAAAGAGAGAAACAAAUACUCUCCAUUGGAGGGAUUUCAAAAGAUCUAAACACAACAAGAAAGCCAAGGAAAAUGCAGGAAACCCUCUACAUUUAAGUACUAGACCCAACAUAUUGACUCCAGGAAAGGAGUCUCUUGUUUCAGAUAAAAAUAAUGUCUGUAAAUUACUCAAUUCUGACUUGAAGUUAGAGUUAAACACAGAAGACAAAAAGCUUUCACUAAAUUGUGAAAUCUGUGCUGUACAAUCUGAAAGCAAUUUAAUGCUUAAAACAGUUACUACAGACUCUGUUAAUUUUUUAAAGUCUGUACAGGCACAGGUGUCGAUCCCCAGUGAGCUAAAGGAUGGUAACACUACUCUAGAUAGACAUAGUCAUGCCGAAAGUGAUUUCAGCUCUGCUCCUCAGGAGUAUGUUCCUCCCCCUGAAAGCAAUAGCACUGAGUACACACAAACGUUAGAGCAGAACAGCUCAAGAAAUUCCCAGUAUUUAAGUACACAUUGUGUUUCACUUGCUACAGAGGACUGUGAUGGUACUUGUGCUGUUGAUGAAAAUAACUCGAGCGGUAUUCAGUUUGUGCAUAAUGAAGAGUCUAACUCGGAGCAGUCAGAACCUCUGCAAAUCUCAUUUCUCUCUCAGAAUAACUCAAACUUGCCAAGAGAGCCAUCAGUCACACAGACUGAUAGAAAAAUAUUUUAUCAUUUGAAUUCAGCUUUAGUCAACUCAAACCAUGAUUUUCCUGCAGGUUACAACGAAAACUUUAGCCAGAAUUUUACUCCAGAUAUUUCAUUUUUGACCCAAGAGCCAGAUUUAAAGUACAGCCCUCGAAAACCAGAAAAUUCCAUCAAAUUAUUGACAAUAUACAACAAGAGUUCAGAAGCUGUAUCUCCAAAAUUAUGCCAGAGUACGCAAGAUGUCAACAAACCUGCAAAACGCAAGCGUGUGAAACCUGUUAUGAAUCUGAAAUGCAUUAGAACAGUACAGAAAAAAGAAACUGAAGAUGAAAGUUAUCGGGCUAUUUGUAAUCAGCAGUUCCCAUCUUCUUUUGUGACUAUAGAACAUACAUCGUCACAAGAAGAAAAGGGGAGAUCCAGCCAGAACAUACAAGAUUCACAGGUCAUAUCUCAGCUGUCAUCACCAAUGAAGAAAUCAAAGUCAUGUGUCAGUUCACCAGACAGUUCAUUAGUGAAUGACAUUAUACCUAUGGAAUUGGGUACACUCAAACAAACAUCUGAAGUAAAAAUUUGCAUGGAUUCUGCAAAGAAGAAGAAGAAAAGGGUUAAGAAGAAUGGUUUGGCGAGUAGAUUACGGCAGCUGCUUGUACGCCGGAAGUCAUCUAUACGCAUGUGGCAGUAUCAGCAGUGCCUGGCGGAAAAGCGUCAUGCUAAGUACAGAGCAGUACAGUUCCUCGUGACUGCUGUUUGGACUGAGUUGAGUCGUACCAUCAUCAGAUGCAGAAGGCAUCUGCAGUCUCCUGAUACCAGAACAUGUGAGCCAUGUGAAGACCAGAAAGAAAGUUCACAAGAAGAAUUUGUUAAUACAGAUGUGAUAGUUGUUCUGGAUGGUGAUCAGGCAGUCACUGCACAUCUCAGGGCUGGUUCUAUAAUACAGAUUUUUCCUCCUUGGCAGAUAUUAAAAGUACAAAGGCUCAACAUUUCGAUCUUAAUGUGUAUGUCACAUUUUGAAGUUAUUUCAAUUAGACCAGAGAAAAAUUUAGCUACAAUACAAAAUGGAUCGAAAGAAGUGUUAGUAAACGAGGAAGAAUUUACUUGCAAAUGUUUAACAGGGAAUCAAAAUGAAGGGCAACUAUGUCAGUUCCGUCUGCCACGAAACAUCUUUAGGAUAUUUUUCAAUGAAGAAGAUCAGGAAUAUGGCAGAUGUGAGAGCCAUUUCAGUGGCGGAGCAAGUAGCAAUUCAAAAGGCACCAUUGCUGAAGCUCUUGCUGGUAGCUCCUUCCUGAUCAGUGGUGGCAUUGAACUAUGCAUCACUGUAGUAGGUGUGUUCUGUUACAGGCACCCAACUCAUAAAACUGGUGACUCAGAUAAUGACCACAAAUCAAAUCUCAUUUGGUCAAUUCUUGGGUUUGACAGAGCAAAAGAAUAUUGUGAAGUAGUGUUGGGUCAUUCACCCUGUUUAAAAUUUGAUAUGUCUAUGAAAGAACAACAUAAAACCCAACAAUGGGAAGAUUUCAUACAAGGCAGAGCCAUUGGGAAAAUGUAUAGGUUUACUGGGCUAAUGAUAGUAAACAAAGUUCUGCAUAAAAAGCCUUCAGGAUUGUGGACUUUACUGCAUGUGAGGAAAACGCCUUCAUUCUGUAAACUAUUUUGUAAAACGAAUGGCCAGACACCAGAAUUAACUAUAAGGUUUGAGACUGAUGCUAAUACAAAUGACAAUGGAAGUUUGAAUAUUAGUACAGUUACUACCAACAACCAGCCAAUACUAUACACUUUUUCACCUUUAUCUGAGGAGUGGAGCUGUACUUCCAUGGAAACAGAAACAAUAAGCCUUCUUGUGGAUAGCUUUCAGUAUAUUACUGACAUCCUAAGAAAAGUGACUGAGGAUAUGCAAGAAAGGUGUUCUGCAAUAAUAAAGCUAAUUUAUGUACAUGAAAACCUGUUUUACUGCACAGAUACUUCACUCAAUGUAACUAAUUGUGCUGGAGAUCAUUCAUCAUAUGUGAUUAUUAAAGUUCUCUCAACAUGUGUGGUACCUCAAGAGGCUGUGAAAGGGAAUAUUACUAUACUCUGCCUUCUGAAUGUUCUCCUUUCUGAAGGUAAACUCAUUGCUGACAAAUACACUCGGAUUCUCACAGUGCCUGGAAAGGAUGCAGAUGGCCCUGUUUUUGGUCUACCAUUCAAAUUUCCAGAUGAUUUCGUGGAAAGUAUAGCUGCCCAAAAGACACUUAUAAAGAAUUUCAGCAAAAUGUCUAAAGUGCUGGAUCUGGUGAAAGUGUCAGGAUGUGUCAUUGGUGUUGAUGAGGAUACGGCAUUUUCAUGGCCAACAUGUGAAAUUUGCGGUAGUGAUUUUUUAUCUGAAAUAGAAGGUGGUGGCUUCUACUGUGAAAAAUGCAACCAAGAAACAGAAACAAUUACAGCUAUGUCACUUGAAGUUAACAUUUCUUGUGUGGAAGUAUCAGAAGAGUCGAAAGUUAAAAUAAAGCUCCUGCAGAAGUCGAUUGCAAAUUUACUGCCUCCUGAACCAAGUGGAAGUGAAGGGUAUGACGUCCUUUCGGUCCUGGGCAAAUACAUAGGCCCAAUCACAUGUUUGGUAGUUAAAGUAAAUGAAGUGCUUUCGGUCAAAAGUUACCAUCUUGAUGAAGUAUUAUUGUUUGAAAAUAUUUGAUAAGUAUUUUUGGUCGUUAUGAAGCUAAAUGCUGAAGUGCUUCACUCCACCUAGAGCUAUAAGAACAUUUAGUGUUAGUCACUAGAAGAGUUAUUUAUUUUUGACUGUUACACUGCAUUUUUCAUGUUCGUAAUAUUACUUUGCUAAAGUUCAAAUGUUUUUUAACCUGGAAAGUACAAAUAAGCAUUGCAGAUGCUGUAAUAUGUAGACACUCCAUUGUUGGAGCUGUGCUGUUAAAUAUUGAUUUAUUUAUUAACUGUUGAUUUUUUGAAAAUAAUUAAGGUUUCAUUGUGUCUUUGAUUCAAUAAUUAUUUUGCUGCUACCUUGUGAAUUGCUACAUAAACAAAGAGAAUCAAAGGGUUUUAAAUAAGGUUCACUGUUGUGAUUGAAAUUUCCAAACACUCUUGAUAUAUUUGUGUAACAUUUUCCAUCACUUUCUUAAACUCCUUUACUUGAAUGCAGCCUUGAACAAUCACAGGUGAUUCUUUUGUUCAUCCUUUCUCAGUUGACUCACGUUGCAUGACAAACCAUAUUUAUAAAAUUUGUGUGUGGAGUACAUGUUAAAUUCUUUGCUUACCACUGGAGGAAAUAACUCAGUUAGCUUGUUUUAUAUGUAGGGUGCAGUGGUGUUUUAAGAAUUAUUGUUUUAAUGUAUCUGUCAGGCUAAGAUGAUAUAUUGAAUCAGAAGACUUAUCAAAUAGCUGCAAAUCUUUAUACUCCAUUAUUCAUUAACAAUUUGGCAUAAUAAUACUAUUACAAUCAAAUGCCUUCAAACAUUUCUCAGAAUUUUAAAUGUCUCAUUCUGCUCUGAAAGUACAUCUUCUCAAAACAGAGUUUAUAUGUCAUCUUUAACCAAACUGUCGCAGAAGAGUUAACUUUACCCAAAAGCUCUUGUUCCUUCCCGUUAAGGAAAAUUAUUAUCUGUAUUUAAAAGCGGAUCAUACCCACAAAUAUUCUCAUCUAUUUAUUGUUUGUUAUGAGUUUCUUACAGUGAACCCAAGACAAGAAGAAAAUUUGUAUAGCUUUGACUAUCAAAAUAAAAUAAAACAAUAUGCUGUCAGUUAGUUUCCAUAUAGAAAACUGAUAGUAGUUAAGGAUUUUCUUUAAUACUAUUUCUGGUAGGAAAUUCAUCUUUCAUAUUAUACUAUUUCUGUAUUUUAUCUGUUCAUGAUUCCAUCUUCAUUCACUUGUUGUACCUCGAAAGGUGAUUGUGCUGUAUUCUCUUGGAGCUAUCACAAUAAAGGACUCAAUUCCAAUUGCUCUGGAUGAACCAUAUGGCCUGGAUGGUGACCAGAGCAAACACCUUCCUAAUUAGAGUAAAAGACCAUGAAGUGAACCUAAACAAGCCACAGAGUUCUUUUGGUGACCACUGAGUUGGUUUGUUAUGAACUACUUGUCAAGUAAAAACCACCUGUUCCUUACAAAUCUUGUUGAAGAAAAGCGUAAAGAUAAUUAGAAUCUUUCUGCCUGUCAUUGAAAGCAAUUUUGGUGGCUGUUUGGAAAUGAAAACUUGAUCUGGCAGUCAUUACUCAUUUAAUUUGAGAGCCUGCUGACAUUUGCCAGCCUUCUGCUUUCUAUCUUGCGAACUGCAAUGGAAACUGUGUUACUGAACAUAGCAAAUAUUAACUUACUUACUGUAGUCACUUGACAGACAAAUGAUGUUUGUCUGAGGUAAGCUAGAUCAGGUUAUUUUGUUCAUUCACUUGGCCAAAGUGUGUUGUAGCAUGAAAUGAUUUAUCAAGAGUAAGAACAAAUAACUAUGAAUGAAUUGAAGACAAUAGUUAUGCCACAGUGCCAGUUCAGUGGAAUUUAUAACCCAGCAGAAUUUUUUUUCCCAUCUUGAAAAGGAUUGUGCAUCCUGAAAAGUUGCAUGAAGUAAGGUCACUAAAAAGCCUACAUUCAGAGUAUAGUAAAGGAUCUUCACUUUCUUCCGUGUAUUUUCCCCUAGGAUAGAUAUGGAUAGGUAACCCAUAUGCCCCCUCUGCUUUUCCUCUUGUUCUCAGUAUAAUGCCAUUGUCUAACCUUCCUUUAACUUUUUAGUAAUAUUUUCAUUGCUCUUCGGUAAUUUGCUUUUAUUAAAUGUACGCCCUGUUGAUUACAUUCCUGAGCCACUUUUACUUGAAUGUGUCAACAUUUUAUGCAUUUCAGAAGUUUCUUCUCUCACCUUACUUUCAUACAUAUAACUUAUUCUUGGUAUGAAUUGUCUUUUGUCACCUCUAAUUAAACCCAUCUGCAUUUUGUUUAGCUCUCUUAAUUAUUUUACUUACUCCAGUAACUAAAGGCCACAAUAGGUUAAAAUUGAAACUCACUGGCUGUGAAAUCUACUGUUCUGUUUUGCAAUAUUCUUUUACUGUUUUAAAUUGUACGUACUCGUUAUUAUCAGACACCCAGUUGUCAUUACAGACUAGCAUAUAAAGUCCAAAUCAGUGUUCGACAACAGCGUGGUGCUCUUACUCUUUUGAUGCCUUCUGCCCUUCUUUCCAAAGAACUAUUAUAUAUGGAUGCCCCAUGUGGAGUCUGACUGUGCAGAGCCUCAUUUCUUCAGUGGUUGGCACAUUGGACUUGCAUUCAGGAGGACUGUGGUUCAAGUCCCCAUCCAGCCAACCAGAUUUAGGUUUUCCAGGAUCUGUCUAAAUUGCUUAAGGCAAAUGCUGGUAUGGCUCCUUUGAAAAGGGUGCAGAUUAUUCCCUUCGUCGUCCUUUCCUAAUUUGAGCUUCUGCUCCAUCUCAAAUAACCACAUUCUCUUCAGGACAUUAAACACUAAUCUUCUGCCUUUAUUCUCUUUUCCCCUUUAAUUACUGAUAUUUGUUACCAUAGAGCAGUUACCAAUAGAGUUCCAGCAUAAUAGCUGCUGAAACUAUUCCAUUCCAUUCUGUUUGUGUUGUGAAGUGAGCUAGCAUUUGUUUCUACAGCAUGUUAUUGGGACUAUAAUCAUUAAGGAUAUUUCUCUUCUGUGAAAGUCCUUAUCUGUGGCAUUGCCUGUUAGAUACAAGUUUUAUCACAGCUGCCGUUUACAAGCUAAUAAAGAUGCAGACCAUACAGCAGGGUUUUAUGGCCGUAAUAAAAUAGAGAUAAUCAGAAAACACCCCUAAUAGAUACUGUUUUGUAGUUAUGAGAAAUAAUGUUUAUCAUAAAUGAAAUAUUCAGCACACAAAAAUGUGUCGUAUGAUUUCCAUACUUUUAGGACUGGAAAUAAAAGUUACUAUUCAAAAUGUUACCAUAUACUGUCAAAGCAGUAGACAGUGGACCUCCAGAUUACAUGCAGACCAUAUAAAUCAUGUUGUUAAAUCAUCAUAAAAUAUUAUUUAUGUAUACACAAAUUGUUUUAUUGAACCAGAUUUAUGCUAACAUUAUGUGAGAGUAUAGGAGAAUUCUGUAUUUAAUUUAAUUUUGUAUGUGGCUUAAAUAUUCUGUAAAUUGGUUAUUUUUAAAUAAUUUUUCCAUAUU